AAACAACUAGUCUCUAUGGGACCCGUGUUUGGCAUUCACUGCCUUGUAGCUUGGCUACAAUUUUUAUUCUUUACAGAUAAAAUACAAAUCAAAUCAAGAUAGUUUUACAUGCAGACUUAUAGAAUUAUCCUAGAAUGAAGCUGAAAAAGCCUAAAACCGACACUGAGGAGGUAGCGCCUGUGGUCCCUCCUCAGGCGGAGAUCAUAGAAGCGGAUCUCUACAAGCGAUCAUACUUUGGACCUGAUGUACCGACGCUGGAGCUAGAGUGUUGGGAGGAAGAACUCUCUGAGGUCCAGCUCCAAGCAUACAAGAAUGCUGAUAAUGAAUUCAAGAGCAUCCAGAACAAACUGGAUGAGAUGGUCAAGGAUACUGGUGGCGAGAUUGUGUAUAACGGAGACCAGUUCACGGCGUACCAAUUACUUGGGAAACAACCAGUUCUAAAAGAUUUGGAGAGGCAAAGUGCAGAGAUCAUUAGAUCAAGGUCUCGUUCAUUGUCUGUGACAAAAGAAAAACCUAGCAAAAGAGGGCGUCCUAAGAAAAACUUACGGAAUGAGAAUGACCGUGACUAUUCACCAUCACCUGAAAGAGCCAAGACUCCUGAGUUAAAACAUAAAAAGAAAAAGAAAGACAAAAAGGAGAUUAAAGAGAAAGAGAAGGAUAAAGAUAAGGACAAAGAAAACACCAAAACUAAGGAUAAGACACUAGCUCCUUCUAAUGUACACAGCGUGGUCACAAAUGUCCGACCCUCCGAAGCUACGGCUAUCGGUGGGCUGCUAACAGGGAGCGCCACGAAGACAACCGCCAUUGUGGACCUUACUAAAGAAGAUGGCAACAAAAACAUCGCUGAUUCCAGGGAGGUAUCCUUCAAUAAACUGCAAGGUAAAACAUUCCCGUCCUUGGUAGUAGUGGCCCGUCCCUACUUACGCGCUAAGGACACAGUGCCGCCGUCCGACCGCUCGGCGCUGGACAGCAAGGUGAAGUCCGUGCUCAUGCACACGCCCAUGAAGUUCACCGAGUGGCUCAUACAGCAGGGCCUGGUCCGCUCAGAGCAAUGGUGUGUCAUACAUGCGGGGAACAAGCUCAAACUUGGCAUGUACUCCGACGUAUCAAAGUUCCCCUACUCAGGCGGCUACGUGUGGAUAUCAGAAUGCUGUCCGACUCGCUUCGUCUCCGUCUACUCCAGCUCUAUCUUCGAAGGCGCCACGUUCCCGCCAAGUGUUCUUCUCAAGUUGAUUUACCAUUGGGCUUGCCAAACCAACGUGCAGAACGUAGUACAAUGGGUGAAAGUUGACAAUCUCUACGUAAAGGGUUUAUUUACAUGGCUCAGAGCGAUUUGUACGUCAGCUAUUCAUCAGCACAUGGGCCUGCUGGGCGGGUCCGGUAAGAAAGUGGAGGUUGGCGUGAUAUCGCUGGGGACAACCAGUCAUGAUGGGACUCAGAGACAAGUGAAGGUUGAGGUUUUAGGUGUGUUGGAUCCAGUUGAAAAGUUGAUCCGACUUCGUGCAGUGGAACCUCUAGCAGAGCACGAGAAGAACUACAAAAAGCGUUUCCAGAAGAUCCUUGAGCCUCUAUCAGCUUGGGUGCAUCCAUCAUCAGUCAUCCUCACAGAUUUGACUGUAGACAAGGGCACGCUGGUUGCCAUGGGCUUUAAGAACGUGCACCAAGCCUCGUCGCACUCCGACCAGACGGCGAGGAACAGUAACGCCAAUAUUAUGGAGUACUUGAGAAGGAUAGUGCCGAGAAUGUUCCAGAACACACUCUCGUUGCUGUCCAGGCAGAUUAUACAGCAGUUCUUAGAUGAAUUGGUUUGGAGAGAGAGAUACGGAUUUUCUCCCGGCCAAGCAUUCGACAAUAUAGUGAUCCACAUAGCUGAGCAAAGCAAGAUGGACUCCAAAGAUCCCAUCACAGUGCGCCUCAACAAGAUCGCUGCGAAUCCCUUCAAGAAUUGGAAGUACCCGACCGGCGGCAAGAAGAAAGAAAAAAUCGAUUUGGAACCUGAAGCGGUUCCAGAGACUGGACGCGGCAAGCGCGGGCGCAAGAAGAAGGAGCCCUCGCCUUCGCCGCCGCCCAAGAAGAGAAAGAAGGAGAAGACCACCUACAUCGAAGAUGACGAUGAGGAGAUCCCUCUAGCCCAAAGUCGGAAAACCAAAAUUAAAGAAGAAAAAGACAAACCGAAAGACAAAAAAGAUUCAGAGCCCACAGCUCGGAGCCGGCGGAACAACAAGGCUCGCUCGUACGUCGACGACGAUCUGGACGACAUCCCGCUCAAGAACAUCAAGAAGGAGGUCCGCCCCGAGGAGACCGUGUCCAUGGAGAGGUAUUACUUCGGACAGAUCGGAGGCAAUGAUGAGGUCAAGAAGACUGCUAUUGCUGUUGAGUGCCCAGUGUGUCACGUGGAGUUCAACGAGAACUAUUCCCUGAUGCUGCACCUGUUCUCUCACGCGGCUCCCCCCGACGAGGCGGGCGCUAACCCCGCGCAGUGCCAGUACUGCCUCACGCGCUUCACUUCGCAGGAAGAACUCGACACGCAUCUCAAGCACAACCAUCCCGCGGACACCAAGUCCCCAGAACUGUUUACGUAUGCCUGUCUUAUUUGUGAGGUCCGCUUCGCGGCGGUGUUGACGCUGGCGUCGCACAUGCAGAAGUGCCACUGCCCGCGCGAGCUGCCGUACGCGUGCGACGCGUGCGACUACCGCGUGUCCGCGCACCGCGCCGCCGCCGACCACUACCGCGCGCAACACAGCCACUCCGACACCGUCUUCUGUCCCUACUGCCUCAAGGUCAUAAGAAUAUAUUCAGACGGACACGAGCUGACCGCAAACUUAGUGCUCUACCUGGAUCAUCUGAAACAACACCAGGACAAAGAUUUGGAAGUCCGAUGCAACAGAUGCGUGCUCAAGUUUGUGCAUCUUGGUCAAUUAAAAGAGCACCAAGUGAGAGACCACAUCACAGUAGAGGGCGCCACUCCGUUGUGUUCCGAAGAGCAUUUGAUCACCAAACCUAGAAACAAAGCGCGCCCUCCUGUAAAAGACUCGGCCAACCACACUAUUAGCGAUACCUUCGAGGGCCUCACGCUGGUGCUGCCUGACGGAGUGCUCUGUAGGGAGUGCGACACACCGCUGGACAGGGAGAAGCAUUUCUUAGGCACGACUCGCUGCACGAAAUGUUCGUACGCGACGUCGUGUUACCGCGCCAUGCUGCGACACAGCGGCUACUGCGCCGGCCCGCACUCGCUCGAGGACGCGCCCAGGGAGGCCCCCUACCGCUCGUAUUGCGUUUGCGGGUACAACACUACCGUCGGUACGGACAUGCUGACGCACCUGCUGAUGUGCGAGCACAAGUCCGCGUACAGCUCGGAGGAGGAGGCGCGCGCCAACACGCUGCGGCCGCCGCGGGACGAGAGGGACGCCGCGCACAAGCUGCAGGACGACGCCGCCAGCGCGGAACCACCCGUUGAGAGUGUGCCUGCCCUGGCUGACUACGCCCCGCCGUCAGUGCUCAACACGCAGCUGUCCCUUGACGACCUCGCGCCUCCUUCUGUUUUGCAAUCUGAUCAGCAUGAUCAAGAGCUACUAAAGGAUGCGUACGACCGUCCGCUGGCGACCCCGCGCCAUGAGGACCCACACUACACUCUCGGCGACUUCGAGCCGCUGCCACAGGAGCCCCCGCCGCAGCCCGACUUCGAACAACUCUAGAAACUUCUUAAAAAUCCACUGUGCUUUACAGAAAAACGCAAUAUGUAAUAUACUACUCUAUGUACACAAUGUACACAUUAAUAUAAGAUACAAAUAUGAUGUUUAAAGAGUACAUAUUAUUAGAAGAGAACAGUUCCAUUAUGUUAAAUUUAACUAUGUAUUUGUAAUGUAGAUUGUAUGAUAAACAUCAACUAUUAUACAUGUUAUCGUGGGGUGCAAGUAAAAUUUUAUGUUUAGGAAAUAAUACAUAAUAAACACUUUUACAAACUAUA